UUGCAUAACUUUUGAUAUCUCGUAUUUGUUGUCCUUAUCACUUGAUUUUUGCUUGUAGAAUGAACAUCUAAAAAUCCGAAGAGGGAAAUCGGCAAAAGAUGCAGUUGAUUGGAACGAUUACAAGUCCAUGAGUUUCACCCGAGCGGUAAUUUUUGAAACUCUAAGAAUAGCCACAGUUGUUAAUGGGGUGCUCAGGAAGACAACCCAAGAUGUGGAAAUGAAAGGAUUUGUGAUUCCAAAAGGGUGGAGAAUCUAUGUUUACACUAGGGAGAUCAAUUAUGACCCAUUUUUGUAUCCUGAACCUCUAACCUUCAAUCCAUGGAGAUGGCUGGAAAAGAACCUGGAAUCACACCAGCAUUUCAUGAUGUUUGGUGGAGGAGGUAGGCUAUGCCCAGGGAAAGAACUGGGGAUAGUAGAAAUUGCAGCAUUUCUUCACCACUUUGUGACCAGAUACAGAUGGGAAGAAGUUGGAGGAGAUAAAAUACUGAAAUUUCCAAGGGUUGAAGCUCCCAAUGGGCUACAUAUCCGAGUUUGGGACCACUGAAACUCAUAUUGUAUACAUAUGUAGAUAGGUUUACUAAAAAAUGAUCAAAGAAAAGUGUUUGUUUUCUAUUGUUAAUCAGUGAGAUAUUAGAAAUAUCGUUAGUCAUCACAAAGAGUAUGCAUCACAUCUAGCAAAACAUUCUGUAAAGAGGUCUGAUAAGUACUUAGGGAUGAUAUGUAGGCAUACUAACAACUGAUCAAAGGAAGUGCUUGUCUUCAGUUGGUGUUUCAA